AUGGUCUUCGGCUGCUCCCUCUUCUCCAUUCUCUCCAACAAGAUCGGUAUCAAAUGGGUUCUCAUCAUCGGCACCCUCGGCUACGCCCCUUACUCCGCCGCGCUCUACGUCAACAACCGGUACGGAACCGAAUGGUUCGUCCUCUUCGGCGGCGCCCUCUGCGGUAUCGCCGCCUCCGCCUUAUGGGCCUCCGAGGGCGCCAUCGCGCUCGGCUACGCCGACAUCAAGGACCGCGGCAAGUUCACGGGCAUCUGGCUGGGUCUGCGCGAGCUAGGCCAGCUGAUUGGCGCUUCGAUCCAGCUUUCGCUCAACGUGAAGAAGGAAGGAAGGGGCAAAGUCGGGUAUACCACGUACCUGGUGCUGAUUGCGCUGCAGUGUCUUGGGUUGCCGUUUGCGUUGCUGGUGUCUUCGCCGCACAAGGUGAUCAAGGCUGAUGGGACGAGACUCCGAGAUCCGACGUUGAAUAAGACGGUCAAGGGCGAGUUCGAGAAGAUUUGGAGUCUGUUUAAGCGCACGCAGAUGUACCUGCUAGUGCCGAUCCUGAUUGGGUUUCAGUGGAAUAGCACUUAUCUGGGGAUUUAUAUGACCAAGUACUUCUCAGUCCGCUCUCGCACCCUCGGCUCCCUCGUCUCCGGCAUCGUCGCCACGGCCGCCAACAUCUUCUGGGGCUGGUUCUACGACCGACAAUCCCUCUCGCGCCCGACCGUCGCCCGACUCACCUGGGCCUUUUUUGUUAUUCUCAUGCUGGGAACCUUUGGCUGGCAAACUGCCAACGAGAAGUUGUACGGCGACCUGAAAGCGGCAGGGACCCCGAUCACGCUCGACUGGGCCAACCCCGGCUUCGGCCGCGGGUUCGCGUCCAUGGUCAUUCUCAGGUUCCUCAACGAAAGUCACUACAUGUUUGUGUACUGGCUUAUCGGUGCCUUUUUCGAUGAUCUCGAGACGUUGGGACUGGCAGUGGGGAUUGUGAGAAGUUUUGAGAGUGUGGGCUCGUGCUUGGCGUUUGGGAUUGGCGCGGCGCAGGUCGCGCCCAUGGUGAACCUGAUUAUUGCGUUUGCCAUGUUUGGGUUCACAAUCCCGGCGACGUCGGCGGUGGUGUUUAUGGUGCCGGAGAGACCGGUAAAUUUGAGGAAGUUGGAGGAGGAUGGUGGUUCCACUUCUAGGGCAAUGUCUGAUGGUGAACCGCUGGGUGUCAUUGCCGUUGCCGCGGCUGCCGCUAAGGAGGCGAGCAUCGAGGGCUCUGUGGUGGCUGCCCUUGGGUCUACGGAUGAAAAGGAACGGGAUGGAGUGCAGCCGCCGGGUUAUGAGCUGAAGUAAGAUGAGAUGAAAUUGGAAGCGAUGGGACGGAAGGAACGGGAGGAACGGGAUGAGAAGACAGCCAGGAACUAGAUACCCAACCUCGAAAUGGCCAUUUUGGUACAUUGG